AUGGUUGCUAAAAAAAAAUCUAUUUCAACAUUUGCAUCCCAACCUUCAACUAAAUCGUUUUCAAAAGGAAUUCCGUACAAAAUAAACAAACCCAAAAAAAUUAAGUCGAGAUAUUCCUAUUCAUCAAAAGAGGAAUCUAAAGUCUCAUCUGGGAAAAUAGCCAAGCAAGGGGUGCGUAUCGGGUCAAGUUUUACUUUUGAUAUUGAGUUAUCAAAAAGAAAAGAUAUUCAACCUAAUUUACAUGAGCAAGAGAGCGUCAAAGGGAUGAAAAAAGAAAAAAAGCCUCUGCAACACAAAGGAAUAUACAUUCGUCACGAGAAGUCAGGAAAAAAUAAGCCUGUAAAAACUAAGCAAACCUACACUGAACCCUUUUUACGGAAAUGUUUUUGCACUCUCGGAUUACUCAAAAAAAGCAAGAAGAAAGAAGAAACUGCACGAUUGCACAAUGAAUACGUGUACGUGCAUAAAACUUUUACAACAAACAGAGCAGAUAUUCGCUAUAAUUACGAGAGAUCAAAGAUUCUGCCUUUCGAAUACAAGUUUACUCCUGCUGAACGUGAUAUUAACUUUCAAAAUAAAUGUUCAAACACGGCUAAUCUAGCAACUCAGCCAACGUUAAGGAAUGUGACACAAACAAUGAAUUCCUCAAAAACUCAGUAUACGCCGUCGAAAGCUCGUAACAAAAUGAAUAUUGUAUCAAGCCAAUCAAAACAAAAAGCCUUGCGAGUUGGAUCCACUUAUAGCUUUAGUAUUGACUCGUUAAAGGAAAAAUCACCUCAAAACAGCAAAAAUAGGAAAAAAGCUACUAAAGACAAAAAUCAGGCCUAUGAUGAUAAAAGAAUCAGACUAGAGACUAUAGGAUCUGAAGAGUUUGCGCAAAUCCAACAUGUAGCAACAGAUAUAGAACAAAAACCGAAGAAAAAGGGAAAUAGCUUAGCAACUGCUAUAAAAAAAUGCUUUUGUGCAUUCAAGUUUCCUAGUAAUAGCAGUGCAAAACAGCAAAAUAAAAAUAACUUAAGCUAUGGUCACACAAAGACCUCGCAUCCUUUGUCAAAUCCUCUAAUUGAAUUCAAAGGUACAAGAAAAAAUUGCCAAUUACCUAAUCCACACAUAUAUGAGCCCCUACAUUAUUUGAAAGGUGAUGAGUUGGCACGUCAUUUCUGCGUUCCCAAAAUGUUUGAUUCUUACAAUUGCUACGAAGAAGAACUUAAACGGCCCGAGAUAAAACGAUCUUGUGAUCGCUACGUCAAUGGUGAAAAACAAAGAAAAUCCUUUAUGAGAACUACUAACUCGUUCAAUGGUAGUUCGAAGUCUAAAAGUAAUCAAUCCAGACUAUUACAACGAACCUCUACAAAAGAAAAGAAAAUGAGAGACCCACAAAAAGACACGGGGCCUAGCUGUUUCCUCUCGCCGUCACGUGAUGCUUGUUUUGUCCGAUCUAUACACAACAUAGGAAAUAGCAUUCGAGCGGAUAAGCAUAAGUCUGUAAGUAAAACGUCCACAGCAAACAAAAUGAAGAGCACUAAUGAUAAACAAAUAGCUUUAAGAAAUAGCUUUAUACAAUCAGAAAAAGUGAGGAAAGAAGGCAAAGCAUCAAACAUAGGUUACUUACUUAAGAGGUGUUUUUGUACUCUUGGUCUUCAAAAGAAAAAUGCUACUGCGAAGACGCAAUUGCUGAAAUUUGAUAUUCAGAAAAAUCUGCCCUUAACAAGUCAAUUUGUUCAUAUAUUACCAUCAAACGAAAAUAGUAAUGUAAAGAAUGUUACAAAAAUAAACUGCCCCGCUCUUGAUGAAAGAUACGGAGGAAUACCCUUAGAAUUUAAAUUACCAAAUGAUCCUUUAAAAGAUUAUAUUUUUGGGCAUCAAAAUGGUAAAAAGAAUAUGUUUAAAAACAGUACUUCAUUUGAAAAACGUUUGAAAUCUGGUGUUAAUUUAAAUUUUAAUGAAUAUCAAGUUGGAUAUUUCAUUAAUACGCGAAAGCUGAGUCCGUUUUAUCAGUCAUUUUAUGCGUUAAAUUUAAACGUACCUAAUAACAUACCGAAGAGAGGAUAUGUUCUGGAGGACAACGAAUGCGAACCUGGAUUUUGUAUACCAUACCAAUGUGAUCCCGUUGAAUGUUUAAAGAGAAUUAAUAGUCGUCUAAAAACAUCUAAGCUAUCUGGAACUAAUCGUCAAGAAUCCAAGUCAGUUGAAUUUAAUGGAAAAUAUAAAGAAUUGAAAAACAAAAUAGCCACACCACGUAGAAGGAAGUCUCACUUCGGUAAAUAUCAAGGAAGUCCUACAAUUAUAGGAUCAAAUGUUAGUGUUAAUAUGGGAGUUUACAAAUAUACUAACCCACAAUUAAGUAACAAACAAAUGUUAGGAACAUCUUUACAUCCAAUUACGGAAAAAAAUAAGCAAUAUUCUCGCCACGGUAUUCGUAUGAGAUCAGAUGCCCGAGUUGCAAUGUCAUUGUAUAAACAAAAGAAACAAAGAAAUGACGGUGCCACGUCAUCCUCAAGACCGAAACAUUGUAGAGCCAUAGCUUCUCAAUGUACUCAAAGGCAACUUAAACACUCCGAGGCACAAAUCAGUUAUCAAGGUAUAAGUAAAGGUACAGGAAUAUCCCAUUUUUUAUCAAGAUGUUUUUGCACGUCCAAAUUGAAAAAUGAAAGUCAAAGAAUACCUGAAAAAAGAAAAAAGGGUGGCAAAGACAAAACCAAAAAUACUCCAGAGAAUAAAGAGACAAAACCGAAGAAGCUUAAAAAGCACAAAAAAACUGCCUUGUCUGAGAACUCCCAGACAGGUCAACAAAAAUAUAAAAAGCUAUGUAAAGGAUUCGAAUGCGGAGGGAUAUCGAUUAAUAAACCAUGUCGUCAUAGUAUUGGUCCAUUAUAUCCAAAAUUUAAAUCUACGGCAAGUCUGAGGUCAAGAAAAAAUAUUAAAUCCAGGUCUUUUCAGUCUAAGGGUAAAGAUUGGUCAUCUCCGUCUAACUGCUGCGUUCAAAAGCAACUCCAUUAUGGAGACAAUUCAUUAAGACAGUCUCGUAAUGUGACGUUUGGCUCAAACAUACAUUUUGGUAUGGAAUUCUACAAAGAUCGAUCUCAGGGUAAAGGAGACCAAGUGAAAUACGGUCCAAAAGCAGAAAUCUGUAAGAUCAAAAACCCAAAAACAAAAACCUCUAAAGGCGAAAACUCACCAACAGGUCAAGGAUAUUAUGGAAGCUUGUUGCAUCCUUACCAAUGCGAAAUUAACACGUGUAUACCAAGCAAAUGCUCCCCGGUUCAAUUUGAAAAGCUUAUCAAUAAACGUCGGUUAAGAUCAAAAAAUACAAAAGUAAACAAUGAUAUAAAUGCACCAUCCGUACCAUCUGUCUUCACUGAUAAAGAAUUGGGGAUUAUUCAGCCGUUCAUGAGUAAAACGUCCAAGACAGGCAAAUAUACUACUUCAUCAUCAACACAAAAUUACGAAGACAAAUCGAUAUUAACUAAUAGGCAAAAUAAAUCAGUUUUGAAAUGCUUCUGUGUUUUAACGCAGAGAACAUGUCAUCCGACAUGCCAAAUUCUGCAACAAGAAAAGUGCACGAACACGAAAUGCAAGAAAGCGAAUUUAAAUAACUUUGUAGACAAAUGCUUGUGUACUUUAAAACAUUUGAAAGGAAAUAAACAUUUAGCGCUAAAACCAAGUACAGAACAAAUUGCAACUAUACCAAUGAAAACAGGUAUAAAAUUUGAAAAGAAAGUGAAAACUCAGCAAACAUCUACGCUAGACAGGGAAAUGGAAACUAUAAUGCCUUAUUCAAAGAAAAAGUUCAAAAAACUUGAAAGUAAAACGAAACUUAAACAAGAAGCAAUGAUGAACUACAGAGGUGGAAUUGGUGAUCGAAAUUCCCCAAAAGUUGUCCAGUUUUGUCCAGUGUGCAAAAAUCUGACGACCCAACAAUCAAGCAAACAAUCCCGCAACACUUGUCGCUGCUCACGUAAGAACUGUUUGUGCUUUGAAGGAGAGGGAGAGAGGAGAGGAAAAGAGAGAGGGGAGGGAGGAGGGGAUCAAGAUCAAACAUUAUGCCCUGUGUGCUUUCCUAAAGCGUCUGGAAAACACAAUAAGAAAGCAAAGAAAUAUAAAGGCACUCUGCAAGAUGAAGAACAAUGCCCGAAGUCAGAAUGCCCAUGUUGCAAAAGAGUUUUAAGCCUCGAAACUAUCACGAAAUUACCUCAAAACGUCAAAAAAUGCGUAAAGAACAAAAUAUGUAGUUUUUUCACAUGUAACAACAAAGCAAUUAAAAACAUUGAUUCAGAUCCACUAUUUGAAUUGUUAGUCAACAAACACAAUAUGAAUAUACUGAACAGAGAUGAAGUACUUAAAAAUUUAGGCUCAAGUGGUAAGGAGUCUAAAGCUAUGAAGAAAGCACGUAAAGCUAUCGAAAAAGGAGAAAUCUCGUCACCGCUUAUGAAAAUGAUAAUAGACAAACAGAGCGCAAGAAUAAUUAACAGGGAUGAUAUUAUUAAUCAAAUUAAUAAACAGAAGCGGGGAAAGGCUAAGGAGCAGGCGAAAAUCGCAGCGCUAUUAGGAUUAGAUACUUAUCCUCAAAGUGAACGCAAAAUCUCUGCAAUGACUCAUGGCAGCAAAUGUAAAUGCUGUGUAUGUGCCAAAAACAGGAAAAAGAACAUCAAGAAAGGUACAGCUAAACCGAAACCGAAGGCUCGUAAGUUAAAACCUUGCAUUUGCGGAAGCGUCAUUUGUAAAAGGAAUUGGCAAAAAUUAAAAAGAGAAGAAAGAUCAAUCAAGAGCUUAAAAAUAAAACCUUGUGUUUGCGGGAGUGACAUAUGUAAACAGGAGGCACAAAAAAUGCCAGAAGUGUUAUUACAGGCUGCGCGGCGAGCUCAAGAAGACAAGGAAAGGGUAGAACAAGCUACAAUUAAAGAGAAGAAAUACCAAAAAGGAAGAGGGGAGCGUAAAAAGUUGCAUGCCAAAGAAGAUAAAAAGCUUCUCAAGAAAAGGAAGAAAGAAGACAAGCGUGAAAUGAAAUUAGUAAAGAAUUAUGAAAAUCCGUCAAGUGUACUUAUGGUGGCAGAAUCAUUGGUCGAUUUAGGCAGUUUAGGCGCAAAAGUGUUUUGUGACGUUAUGAAAUCGGCAGUUAGAGUAGCGAAACAUCCAAGAGAUGGCGUGUAUCAUAUAAAAGAUGCAGUUCGGGAUCCAAGUCGUGCAGCCAAAAAAUUUAGGAAAAGUCUAAAAGGAAUGGGCUUAUUCUCCACGUUCGCUCGAAUAAAACGUAGAUUGAUAAAGAUGCCAGUAACUAAGGGCGCUAUAAGUAAACUAGAAUCUGUUCCUGUUACAAACUAUUUAGUUCACAUGGCUGAUAAGGACCCGAAGCAAAGAGUAAAUAAAUUUAAAAAGAAACGAUAUAGGGAACCAGUCGAUUUCCAAUGCAGUCUUUUCAUGGCAACUCUGAAAAAGAAACCUUGUUUGAAAAUUUAUUACAUGUGCCCCUGGUUCUAUCCACAUUGUUUAGGGUUGCUUAAAAUCUGGCAGCAGUUUAUUGAUAUCGUAAUAUUCGCUUUAGCUGUUGUAGUGUGGAGUCCUUGUAUACUCACUAUGGAAGUUCUAAGAUACCUAAUGUGUUUCUUGUUCUGUUCAGCGUGAUGUAUGAUAGCUUUUGUUUUCGAUGUACCUAUU